CGAGGAGGUUGCGAAAUCACAUUUUGCAUGACACAUGAUGGCCCCACUUUAGUUAAAAAUAAUUAAUCCUUCCAUUUCCAGAGUUCCAGACUUCCAGUGCUAGCUCUUCCUCGGGUUCAAAUAGCGCGACAACAUCACGCAUCGCCUCCUACCUGACACACCACACUGCAAACCACUCUCUCGGUCUCUCCAUCCAUCCACCUCUCUCGAUCGUCUCAUGAGCUAGCGCGCCCCGCGCGUACAGCCCCGCAUGUCUCUCUCCUUGGGGUUUAGCGCCGGCGCCGGCGUCGGUGCCGAUCGCCUCGCCGCCGCGCCCGCGCUCCAGGCCGCCGGUGCUCUGCCGCCACGCGUGGACGUGUCUCUGUCGCUGGCGCGCGCGGCCAACGGGCAGCCGUCGUCGUACCUCCCGCUCAACGAGAACGACUCGCUGGACAUGGUCCUCUUCGACGUCCUCCGCGAGGCCUCCGCGGUGGCGGCGCUGUCGUCGUCGUCGUCGUCGUCGCCGGAGCUGGGCGCGCGGACGACGGCGCCGGUGGUCGCCGGCCACCCCGCCGGGCGCAAGGGUGGCGGCGGCGGAGGCGGAGGCAGGGGAGCGGCGGCGAGGGGCGGCGCCGCUGGCGGGCGGCACUACCGCGGUGUGAGGCGGCGGCCGUGGGGGAAGUACGCCGCGGAGAUCCGUGACCCGACGCGGCACGGCGCGCGGCUGUGGCUCGGCACCUUCGGCACGGCCGAGGAGGCCGCCGCGGCGUACGACCGCGCCGCGUUCCGCAUGCGGGGCGCCAAGGCGCUGCUCAACUUCCCGCCGGCUGUCGCCGGUGACGGCGCCCGUCGCGGCGCCGCCGCGGCCGCGAAGCAGGUCGGCAUGAGCGACGGUGAGUGCGUGAUAUGAAAUGAAGAUCAGUUUGACAUGUACAGCGCGUAGGAUGAGGAUCAAAACCCAGGGUUAAUUUGCAGUAGGCACUUGGCCUGAGUGUUAGUGUGGUAAUGUUCUGCCUUAUUGAUGGUACAGUGGUACCAAGAGCAUGUCAUGUAGUUUGUUACUCUGUGCUUAGUGCUCACAUUUUUUAUGAUAUCUUUCGUGGUGUGAUACCAAUUC